CCCUGGCCGGGCCUCAGCCCUGAGGAACGCGUUCCGGUCGCCUGUGUGCCUUCGUUUCUGGUAGAAGGCUGUUUGAUUCCUACAACUGUUCAAGUUUUGAUGUACAAGAUGAAGCAUGACUCCACAAAAAAUGCUGCCUACACUGUGGAUUGUGAAGAUUAUGUGCAUGUGGUAGAAUUUAAUCCCUUUGAGAGUGGGGAUUCAAGAAAUCUAAUUGCAUAUGGUGGUAGCAAUUAUGUGGUUGUUGGCAUGUGUACAUUUCAGGAGGAAGAAGCAGACAUUGAAGGAAUUCAGUAUAAAACACUACGAACAUUUCACCAUGGAGUCCGAGUUGAUAGCAUCGCUUGGAGCCCAGAGACUAGACUUGAUUCAUUGCCUCCAGUAAUCAAAUUUUGUACUUCAGCAGCUGAUAUGAAGAUUAGAUUAUUUACUUCAGAUCUUCAGGAUAAAAAUGAAUAUAAGGUUUUAGAAGGCCACUCAGAUUUCAUUAACGACGUGGUGUUCCAUCCCAAAGAAGGCCAUGAGAUUGCCAGUGUGAGCGACGAUCAUACAUGCAGGAUUUGGAACUUGGAAGGCAAGCAGACAGCUCAUUUUCUUCUGCAUUCCCCUGGAAUGAGUGUGUGCUGGCAUCCUGAGGAAACUUUCAAGCUGAUGGUUGCAGAGAAGAAUGGAACAAUCCGAUUUUAUGAUCUAAUGGCCCAACAGGCCAUUUUGUCUCUUGAGUCAGAACAGACGCCAUUAAUGUCAGCACACUGGUGCUUAAAAAACACCUUCAAAGUUGGUGCUGUUGCAGGAAAUGACUGGAUAAUUUGGGAUAUCACUCGAUCCAGUUAUCCUCAAGAGACAAGACCUGUCCACAUGGACCGAGCCCACUUAUUCAGGUGGUCUGCAAUUAGUGAAAACCUGUUUGCAACCACUGGUUAUCCUGGAAAAAUGACAAGUCAGUUUCAAAUUCACCAUUUAGGACACUCUCAGGUAUUGUGUCCAGCCCGUGAAAAGUCAUUUCGGUCUGCGCUUGACUCAGGAAUUGUCCAGUGUUCUCCUGAGAGCUGAGCACUAGUGCUCCGGCUGCGCUGUGAACACUCAUCACAUUCUCCACACUGCUCGUCUCUGAGCACUGGGCAGGGCCUUGUGGCUCCUGGCUGCCCUGGGGUCGUUGCACAUCGGUUUCCCAGAGGCGCCCAGGAAACUGCAAAGCAGGAUCCUGAGUGGCUGUGAGCACGACGGGAAGAAACAACCGGGAGACUGUGUCAGAGGACAGCUCAUUUAUUUGUUGGUGGAAUGGGUUUAUAUGCGCUCAUGUGGUAGCGGGAAAAGGGGCGAGUAGCGGGGAUUGGCUGUGUGAAGGCUGCCGGCUAAUACCUCGUUAACAUACAGGUAAAAGGUCACCUGGCCACGGGAAACUGAAACCUAAGUCUUACCAGGAUGUCCCGGUUCCUCAGGCAAAAAGGAGGGAGCGGCCCCACUCCUGCAGGUCUCAAGGCCAAAUUAUUGGGGUCUAGGCCUGCUGCAAUCUCCUGUGGCCUGGGGCGUAUAACUGCCCCACAGUGUCCCUCACCUAGGAUCUGUGGAGCUCUGAGUGAUUGAGGAAUAUUACUUGAUACUUGAUUUUGAGCAACUCAUCUACCCCUCUGAUUGAGAGGUUUCCCUGAUCUUGCCUAACAAGUACAUUAAACUCCCGAGGCUCUGCAGCAGUUCUGGAAUUCUGCCAAGUGUUUUUGACCCAGACCUCUCCUUGCAUCAUUUUGCCUACAGAUGACUAAGAUGUGUUCCAUGUAUAUAUAAUCUUUACAAGGCCAUAGAUCUUUGCUCCCCAUCCUCCUGAGGGUAUAUACCUGACAGAAUGUACUUCAAGGAUUCCUUAAAAUUCAUUCUGCACUAUUAAAUUCUUACUAACAAUGACCUCUUGGAAUCCUAGGUUAACACAGACAUCCCAAAAUCAAGUUUGCUUACCUAUUUCUAGCAGACAUUAAUAUGUCCUGACGUCUGUCGUCUCCUUUGCAAAAAGAUAAUAGGAAGGGGAAACAAGCUGCCAGGAAGCCCUUCUGUACCAUUCAGACAUGUGAGCAUUGGGAAGCCUUAGAAAUCCUGAGGGGGUGGGGGCUGGAGAGAUGGCUUAGUGGUUAAGCGCUUGCCUGUGAAGCCUAAGGACUCUGGUUCAAGGCUCGCUUCCCCGGGACCCACAUUAGCCAGAUGCACA